GAGUGUGUCAUUUGCAUGGAGGAUACUCCGUCUUCAAAGGGAGCGGACCUCAAGUGCGGCCACCGAAUGUGCAAUGCCUGCAUGAAGCGCAAUUUUGAAAUGUCGAUUCAUGAUCCGCAACAUAUGCCCCCACGAUGCUGCACAAAGAGUCACAUCCCGCUCAAGCAUGUCGAUAAGCUGUUCGACAAUGCUUUCAAGAGGACUUGGAACCGCAAGUUUGCUGAAUAUUCGACUGGGAACCGAGUCUAUUGCCCAUCAAAGCGUUGUGGUGAGUGGAUUAAGCCGACCAGCUUCUAUCGAGGCGAGGAUGGUAGGAGAGUUGCUCGCUGUGGUCGUUGCAAGACCAAGGUUUGCCCAAAGUGCAGUGGAAAAUGGCACAACUCUAUCGAGUGUCCCCGUGACGAAGAAACGAACAAGUUCCUCGAUCAAGCAAAGGAAGAGGGCUGGAAGAGAUGUUAUAAGUGCAAAUCUAUGGUCGAACUCAAGGAAGGAUGUAACCAUAUGACCUGUCGAUGCGGAGCCGAAUUUUGUAUGAUUUGUGGCACCAAAUGGAAGGGCUGCAGCUGC